AUGAAGUUUUCACAUUCGCUAAAGUUUAAUGCCAUUCCCGAAUGGCAGGAUUAUUACUUAAAUUAUCCUACUUUAAAAAAAACAGUAUAUAAGCUCCAACAAGAUCAACUUUCACAACGCGAACCAAAUGAUGGAAGUGAAGUGGUCGAUGGAACUACGAAAACCACCAUUUCGGACUUGAAGCACCAGCUCCAAAAUACUUCGGCCCAGGGGCAUCUGCAGGAAGGAUCUUCAUCUCGCGGCGGAGGCUCGGCACGUGCACGCCGAUUGUUGCACCGGUUUGGUGGUCGCAAGGGAAAGUUGCAAAAAGUAAAUGAAACCAAUUCUAGUGAAAGUGAUUUGGAACGUCAGAUCGAGUCCUUUUCCAGUGAGAAGCGCGAUAAUGAUUCGGCUGUUGUCGUUGAGUUUGACGCAGAUUCGACAUUUGAUUUGGCAGCGGCUGCAAAUUCCAAUGUGGCCGAUCCUGAAAGUCCCGAGUUCGAUCCGCUUGUUGUGUUUGCAUCACAGUUGAGUCGGGAAGUUAACAAGAUUACCGAAUUUUAUAAUGCCAAAGAAAUCGAGGUUUUCAAGGAUUAUGAUAAUUUGAUGAAGGAUUUGGAACACAAUAAAGUGAACUUUAACGAUGUUUUCAGGUUCACAGAAGCGUACCACAAUGACAUGUCCAAUAGUGAUUCUCAUCACCAGUACCAUAUUACUUCGACUUUGGAACGCACUGUCAGUAAUGGGUCUGUUUUUGACCAUAUUAACCAUAUUGACAAUGACAUUGAUGCCCAUCGUGGGUUUUCUGAUAACGAGAAACAUGAUUAUGAAGAUGACGAGGAUGAUGACGAUGACGACGACGAUGACGAUGCUCCUAGCCAAAACUCUGCUUUGCUCAAUCACACCGAUUUCAAUGUCAGAACGCAGCGGAAAAUCGCCUUGCGCAAAAAAUCGGUUGCGGUUUUUAUUUCGUUAUCUGAGUUGAAAUCGUUCAUUGAAUUGAACAAGAUUGGGUUUGCCAAAAUUACAAAAAAGUUUGACAAAACUUGCAGUUAUUCCAUCAAGGAAGAUUUUGUCAACAACUAUCUUCCUUCACAUUCUCAUGUUUUUGCACCCAACACUAUUGCAACCAUCGAUGCCAGAUUGGACCAGAUUAUCAAAGUGUACGCUUUCUUGACAGGAACCACUACAAUGGAAGAUGCUCGUACCGACCUUAAGUCUCAUUUGCGUGAGCAUAUCGUAUGGGAACGCAACACUGUGUGGAAAGAUAUGCUUUCAUUGGAGAAGAAGUCAUACAAUUUGCACGUAGAUGGCUCGACAGGAGCUGCCAAAAUGGGUGAUGAAGGUGCUGAAAGUUCUCUUUUGAACCUUAGAUUGACCACUGUCAAGCUUCCUUUUGGUUUGACAAUUAAAGGUAGACUGACACUUACAAUUCCAGCCUUCCUUUUGACUUGGCAAAUGGUCAAAUUGGCAGUGAUUAUCAUCACUUUCAUCAUUCUUUUAACGGUGAAAACUUUCAACGAUCCAGUUCAACAUCGUUGUUUAGCCGUCUUAGCGGCUUCCGCUAUGAUGUGGGCAUCGGAGGCUCUUCCUCUCUACAUCACUGCUAUGUUGGUACCUUUGUUGGUGGUUACUUGUAAAGUGUUGAAGAAUGAAGACGGCUCCACCAUGAGCGGUCCUGAUGCUUCUGCGUAUAUCUUGAGUACCAUGUGGUCGUCUGUGAUCAUGAUUCUUAUGGGAGGAUUUACGUUGGCGGCAGCUUUGUCCAAAGUAUGA